AGUUGCCGUAGCACGUGCAGUAAAAACUGUUUAGAAACUAACAAAUGCAACACAGAAAAUGGUCACUGCAUUGGUGGAUGUCAAGAUGGAUACAUGCAGCCCUUGUGUACAGGUAAUAAUGAGCUUUUGAUUUAAAGAUAAACUUAUCAUUUACCCCUACUUAUAAUAUAAUAUGAAAUAUAAAAAUAAGUUAUCAUGUGGAUUAGACUUAAGGUUUUAUUGUUUUUUUUUUAAUAUUUUUUAUUUUAAACAAGAAAGCAAAUCUUGCUUCACAUUAAAGAUUAAACUUUUUUAGGCUUCACAUUAAAGGCUAAACUAAUUAGAUGUUUUAAAUUGCUAAAAUUAUAAAUUUUGUAAUCUGGACUAAAUAAUAUUUGAUUUAAAAUAUGAACUUAAUGAAUUGAUAUCAAAUGUAUUCUAGAAUGUGAAAGUGGAAGAUGGGGUCCCGACUGCAAAUCUAAUUGUAGCCAAAACUGUCUUCUACCACUGACCUGUGCAGUGGAAAAUGGGACUUGUAUUGGAGGAUGUUCACCGGGUUUUGUAUAUCCUUUGUGUACUCAAGGUAUUUAAUUACACUUUGAACACUGAAUAGUAUAGAUAAAUACAAUAAUGACGAAACAAUGGGUUGACAUUUAUAUAUUGGUACUCACAUAAAUUUAAUAAUUACAUCCACAUAUAUUCAAUGACCUUGAAUAGUUUGUAAAUUACUUAGAAAUCACAAAUUAACGUUAUCCUUUGCGGAAUCAAGAAAGAAUGUUAAAAUAAUAUUUCUUUAUUGGUGCUACCAUUAUAUCUUUCAUCGUACUUUGUUUACAAUAUAUUUUCUUUAACUUAUGUGGGGUAAAAUCUUAGUUAAAGGAUACAUAUUUCAAGUUUUAUUUUUUUAAUUAUUUAUUUUUAAAAAAAAUUGUGACUUAGGGAAAGAUUUGGGUGCCCACUGUUACGUUUUCUACUGACUAUCGGGCUAUAUGUGUCGGAUUUGAAAUCGACGGAUUACAUUUAAUUAUUAUAUGAUAUGAUGCUUGAGCUGAUCUCAUCUCGCAUUAAAGGCCAAUUUUAAUCAGUUGUUUUAAAUUGCUAAAAUAUAAACGUAUAAAUGUGGACUAAAUAAUUUUGCUAAUAAGCAUUAAAGUAAGAAUGUAAUGUAUUAAUAUCAAAUGAAUUCUAGAAUGUGAAAACGGAAGAUGGGGUCCCGAAUGCAAGUCUAAAUGUAGCGAAACAUGUUUUACACCAUUCAGGUGUGCAGUGAGGAAUGGAACCUGUAUUGGAGGAUGCUCACCUGGAUUUACAAAUCCUUUGUGUACUCAAGGUAAGAUAUGUACAAUUUUUGACAAAAAUAUAAUAUAUUCAACUAAAAUAAUAACUUAAAAAAGAUCGACAUUGAUUCAAAAAUUGUUCAUAUUUGUGUUCAUUGGCCGCGAUAACAAAAGUUUCUCUUCUUAAUGCAUUUCUAAACAUGAACAUUUGAUAAGAUCAACAAUUUUGAUAGAGAAAUUACCUAACACAAUUUUCGGUUUUUGAGGAAGUUCCUAACUAAACUAGAGGGAUACUACGCUAUCACCAGUGUAAUUUUAUUAUUAUUGAUUAAAAAGCAAAUACCAUUUUAAAAUUAUAGUAGUAUAAGUAUUGACUUUAAUGGGAGAUACUAUUUGUUAUAAAAACUAUUCUACUGUAACAAUAACUUAAGUUUGAAGUGUAAAAGAGAGUAUGCGAAUUUUUAUAGUGCUUUGAAAUGGAUGUCGUUUUUUUUUUUUUUUAGUUAGCCAUAUUCUGAGUAUGAGGAAAUAAGCAAUGUCCAUAUAUAUAUAUAUAUAUAUUAAUCACAGAAAAGGAACUACAUUGCGUGGUAAAGGGGCAUUGGGACAAUUUAAUAUUAAUAUAGGUAAGAGUUGGGGGAAAAUGUGGGAUGUUGCAAAAGGUGGUUACCAUCCCCGGAAUAGUUUUAUUUAUGUUUAUAAAACAUUAAUAAAUAAUUAGGUGAUGGGGCAGGGAUUUUUAAAAUGUGUCCCCAAACUGCCCAAAAAUGUGUACAUUUAACGAGUGUAGUAAUAUCACAAACUUCAAAUAGGUUGAACCCUGUAAAUUGGUAUUCAGAUAGUAUUAAAACUAAGGAAAUAUUGUAUUUAACUUUCUAUUCUAUAACACAUUUCAAUUGGAGGAAAAAGGAUGAGUAAAUGUUAAUGUGAAAAAUGUCAACAGUUUGUUUUUACUAGAUUGAUGAAUCUGUCAAGUUCUUUCACACGUUGUAAUUCGCUGUAGUAAUAUUGAAUCCGCUCAGGUCCAUUAUCACAAUAAACGUAAUUUUUAUAUCCAAGUAUAUGCAUAGGCAGUAAAUUACAUAAACACAUGCAUAUAUCGCAUCUCGCUAUCAGACAGAAAUAAGACACAUUCUACUUCCACAAAGUUCCAUUGACGACUGCAAGACGAAUAAAAAGUCACAAAACAGACUAGACCAGCGGUUCUCAACCUGUGGGUCGUGACCCCUUUUCGGGUAGAGUGACCCCUUUGGAGGGGUCGUUUAAGACCAUGGGAAAACCCAUACCCUACAACUAUGAAGCAGAAACGAUAAUAACUUUGUGGCUAGGCGUUGCCACAACUUCAGUAACAGUGUUAAAGGGUCGUGGCAUUAGAAAGGUUGAGAACCACUAGACUAGAUAAUACUUUACAAGGAGCAUACAAAUACGUCACCAAGUCAAGCGCGGGAAGAACUUUCACCAACUACUAAAACUCUCAAGCACACACCCUGCGUAAUGAAACAUAAUAUUCAAUCACAACAAUUAUUAAUUAACUGUUAUGCUUGACAGAAAAAAAUAUAUUAUGAUUUAAUAUUUCAGUCGUUAAAAAGGCAAUAGUUGUUUUCCUCUUCAAAUAGACACAUACUUAGGAAUUAAUUAACUAAUUAAGGAAAAUUUAAGAGGCGUUGACAUACCUCAAAACACAGGGUUAAAGAACAAGAAUAUGGUCAUUUUUAUAAUGGGGGGGGGGGCAAUUAAAAUUUUCUGGGGGGGGGGGGGGUUUCAAAAGCCAGUUGCCAGAGGCGUAGCUAAAGCAGGCAUACUUGGGCAUAUGGCCCGGAGUGCCAUACUAGCGGGGAACUAAAUGGGCUUUGAUAGCAUUUAAUGCUUGAAAAUAAUAAUUUUUAGAUUUAUGGGUGCGUAAUAAUGAAUCAUUUCCCUUUAAACCAAACACUGUAGAUACGCACCUGCUAGUGGCGUUGAAAGAAGGUGGAUGGGGUGGUCCAACGAGUUAUCACUUUUUCCUUAUAUGCUGUUGUGACACUAAUAGUAUCUGCUUCGCUAGGCAGUGUAUCUUUCGAUUCCGAAAUCGGUGAUAAUUUUCAUCGGUAAGUAGGGCGGAAAUUGAGGGCGCUGAUCAAUCUUGAUCGAAGGCGGGGUAUUUUUCGAGAAUCUUUUUUAUUAUUUCAAAGUCAAGAGGUGUAUUUUUUUGAUAUAUUUGAUUUCAAUUUUUUUAUUUUACCUUUUUUGACGGGGGAGGACAUUUUUAAGGUUGUGCAGGAUGAAUUAUGGUGUCCAGUGCAUUACAUUCACUUAGUCAGUGGCGUGUCCCAGAGUAAUCAUUUGGGACAAGCUUAUAAUAAACCACAUACUGUAACAUUGAUCAGUAGGAAUGAAGGGGUGCAUAAAUUUAGCGGCUUUAAAACAGUCGGGCAAACUCAAAAUGCAGAGGUGCAUUUUGGUGCGUACUUAAAUGUGUGUUUCUUUCAGACAAUGUUGAAGUUGGAUUUCAAACAUUCGGAUGGGGAGUGCCAAAAUUAGCCAUAAUAAUGAUCAAAUACAUCUUCGAUUCGGCUCCAGUGAGACGUAAACUAAUUCAUUCUACUUGUGUCAUCUUUGAACUAUACACUCAGAUACAUAAACUUGUAACUAAAAUUUGGCAAGAAGAGAAAAUUUCAACAGAAUGGGAAACAGCAUUAAUAAUAAUAAAAAAGUUUAUUUGAAAAACACGAUUCAUCUCCAAAAGCUCGAAGCGCGGUACAAAGUCAACCAUAUUAAAAAGAGAAAUAAAAAACAAUCUAAAAUUUACCACCUUUAUAAAACAGACGCAACAAUAUAAAACUACAUACGAGCAUACAAAGUCAAAGUCUUUCACCCCAUUUCAACCAUAAGCAACAUAAGCCAAUAUAAAUUAACUGAAAAAAGAUGGUAGAUAGCAUCACCCAAGAAGGUGUUUGCGAAAUUAUGUGUUUUUAAAUAGGUUUUAAAGGACUCCAGUGUCUAGCUGUUUCUGAGAAUGACUGGAUGGGCGUUCCAAAUUGUUGCGCUGCAAAUGCAAAAGUGCGCUUUCCGUAAGUCUCAAAGCGAACACACGGUAAUCGAUAUUUUUCCACUAUCGGAUGAGCUGAGCUGUCUAGUGGUGCGUCAUGAGUGCUUUGAGAUAAGACGGCGCCAUGUCAUAUAAGCAGCGAUAGCACAAAGUUGCAAUUUUGUACUCUAUUCGAGCGCGGACCAGCAGCCAGUGCAGCUCCCACAGAAGUGUUUUAGCAUAGACAAUUUUGCGUUUGCGAAGAAAAAUGCGAGCCGCUUUAUUCUGUGCUCUUUGAAUUUUAUCCAGGAUCGUAGCUGGGCGACCCACCAUGAGAGAAUUGCAGCGGUCAAUGCGUGAUAACACAAUGCAGACAUCAGCCGAUUUGAAGCAUCUAACGUUAAGAAAGGUUAAUAAUUUUGCGCACCUCUAGAAAAAUCGCCUUGCAAAGCAUGUUAAUGUGAUUUUCCAUAGUUAGUGUUCUGUCUAAGUAGACGCCCAAAGUCUCACACUGUUUGAGACAACUCAAUCUGCAUACCUGAGAGAGUAAGUGAUGUUGUGUUUUUUACAUAUUUUUGUUUCUGAGCAUUUGCAAUGGGGAUCAGCUCAGUCUUUUCAUUAUUUAAUUUGAGCAUGUUUAUGGUCAUCCAGUGCUUAACUGACUCCACUACCUUCUGUGUCGUGCUAAGAAGCUGAGGUAACUGAGAAGGGAUCACGGAUUGAUGAUGUUGUGUAUCGUCUGCAAAUAUGUGUUACAGCAUGUAAAUUGCUUGAUCACUGCCCCCAGUGGCUGAACGUACAUAGUGAAAAGCACCAGGCCUAGGACCGAGCCCUGGGGUAUUUCCAAUUCAAUUAUAGAUUGCUUCGAGGUCAAGCCGUUUGAAAUAAAUGACUGAACCCAAUUUGUCAUAUACGAGUGAAACCAUCUCAGGACGGUAACGGUAAGACCAAACGUUUUUGCAGACGCUGAAGCAGUAUGCCGUGGUCAAGCGUAUCGAAAGCUAUCGAUAAAUCGAGUAGAGACAAAAUGGAUACCUGACCCUCAUCAGAAGACGACAGAAGGUCGUAUAUGACACGCAACAGGGCUGUCUCAGUAGAGUGAUGCGCCCUGUAUGCUAACUGGAAAGGUUCAAACAUGUAACAUUGAAUGAGGUGAUCAAGGCGUUGGCGGAGAAGAACUUUUUCUAAGAUUUUGGAUAUAAAUGAUGGAUUUGAGAUAAGGCGAUGAUUUUCCAUCACAUUUGGGUCAAGAUUUUCUUUCUUUAACAGUGGCGUUACUAUAGCCUCUUUAAAAGAUGAUAGAACAAUACCAGUUGUCAAGGACUGAUUUAUGAUACGAAAGAUGAUGGGGACUAUUUCUUCCAGGCAUUCAACAACAGCCCUGCUGGAAGAGGGUCCAUUGAGCAUGACUCUCUGGGGUAUUAGUCAGGAUUUUCCUCACAUUCGAUUAACUGACCUAAAAAAGUUCACCCAUAGGAGAACCGUUGAAGAGUGAGAAUUCUUGAGCAGUAUCGAUGCCACUGUCAAGUUCCGCCCUGAUCUUCUUAGCUUUUGUAAUAAAGUAGUCAUUUAGAGCGUCUGACAGCUCCUCUACAGCAAUGUUAUUUGACAGAGAUGUAGACUAGUUUUUACCGGUCAGCUGACCCACAAUGUAAAAUAAGUCCUUGCUUCAGCUUCUGUCUAUAAUAUAAUGACUAACAUACUCAGUUCUAGCUGCAAGGACAAACUUCUUGGUUCGUUCCUUUUGGUCAACAAAGAUUUCUCGGUGCCCGACUUCCGCCAUUGGCGUUCUGCACGUCGCUUCUUCUGCUUCGCGUCCUUUAUUUCCGGCGUGAACAAUAGGGCGGAAGGGCGGUCCGUAACUCGCCGUGUGGACAGUUGUGCAUGUUUGUCUAAAAUUACUCUGAGGCCACUGUUGUAAUCUGUAGAAGGGCCAUCUUCAUAGCGCCUAAGGGCUGCGACGUCACAUCUAAAGGCCACUAGAUCUAUCUGUCGGAUGUCACGGGAUGUUACUGAGCGCAGAAGGCGUCCUGGCUUCCUCAAGUCAAAGUCGAAGGUGGCUGGGAAGUGAUCAGACAUAAGUUUGUCCCCAAUAAUGAGGUUUCAGAUCAUAGCUUUGCAGUCCUCUCUGACAACCAGCCAAUCUAGGUUGUGACCACCGUUCUGUGUCGGGACACUGACAGCUGUGUCAUUCCUUUUGUCGAGAGCUGAUUUUAGGGUCUUCAAGUAGCUGUCGGUGGUGGAGUCGAAAUGGCAGUUUAUGUCGCCGAUUAUAAUGACAUUGUUGUUGGUGGUGGCGUACAUGUCAAGGAGUUGUAUAAACUCCAUAGUAAACUAACAGAUCUUCAACUUAUUUUCCCUAUUUAGAGGUGGCCUGUAUAUGCACAGAAACGUCAUCGGUUGUUCACCGUAAUUAAGUUGCAUCUUACACAUCGAAAUGGCAGUUUAUGUCGCCGAUUAUAAUGACAUUGUUGUUGGUGGUGGCGUACAUGUCAAGGAGUUGUAUAAACUCCAUAGUAAACUAACAGAUCUUCAACUUAUUUUCCCUAUUUAGAGGUGGCCUGUAUAUGCACAGAAACGUCAUCGGUUGUUCACCGUAAUUAAGUUGCAUCUUACACAUCUCAAAUGAAACAAAGUCGUCCGAUUUUAAGAAGCCACACUGUUUUUAAGGGAGUUCUUAUAAAGAACGGCAAUACCCCAAACACUGCGCGACUGCCGUGGGCAAGAGUGAAGGACGAAGUCCGUAGGUGUAAUUUCUUGCAGCUUGAUCUCAUCUCCGACACGUUCAAACCACGUCUCGGUAAUGAACACAAGGUCGCCUUGCUCUCCGAAACAAGAUCACACAACUCGAAUGUCUUAUUCCUGCAGGACUGGGAUUUGAAAUAUAGCACUCCGAAAUGCCGUGAUUGCGGCUUCACAACAGGCUGACAGUCGACAACAACUAAAUUUGAUCUCGUCACGCCCUGUCUAGGUGGUGUGAAAUCAUGAGCCACCGGCCGUGCUCUUAGGACUGACACGUAGGGAAUGGUCGCAAUGGAGGACACAUUAUGCGGAUGAUUUCCGUCGUUACUGACAGCCUCGUUUAAAGGCUUUACAUGACGAUCUCCACAAGCAAUAAUAUUGACAUGGCUUUCGCCAUGGUGGUAUUUCAGUGGACGCUGUUUCCGACGACCUGUCCGAUAAAGACGCUUCUUCUUGCGUCGUGCGCCAACUUUCCGUCCACCACUACGAUGGGGCAGGCCUCGACCAAUGUAGAGUUCUUUCAGUCGAUACACCAAAUUAGCAGUCAAGAGUAUGCGUUUGACAUUAAUUGACAAUAAUCUAUCGCGUGAGCAUAUCAGCCGGGAUGUGUCGCCAAGCGUAUCAUUAGCUUGCAUGAGCAAUGAUUCUGAUGACAGCUAAGAUGGACGACUACGCAAGAAAAACAGGAAACACAUAUAAAAUUGCAAUAUGAUUAAUAGCUUGAUCAUAUACAUGCCUGUAAGGCGUAGUCUCAAGCUCAAGACAACUUUGACUUCCCCGAAAUUGAAUUUUGUAAUUAUGAUAAUAAUUUCACAGCACCUUCUUGAUUUGUGUACCAUUUCGGUAAUCAAAAAUUUGAAAGGCCGCCAUCUUGUUGCUAGCCGGAAGUAACCCCAAAACACAAGAAAGGCUCCUUAUUUAAUGUUUCGUCAAAAUACUGACAAAGCUGACUGCAAAAAGACUAAAACCUUACACUGAAGAAAUACUAGAUGGUUAACAAUGUGGAUUUAGGAACGAACAAGAUCCCUCUCCCCCAUAGACAACGACGAGGCCAUGACAGGCAAUUCAGGCUCAUACCAGCAAGAAGUCAGUAUAGGAGCUGCUCAUUCCUGCCCAAGACAAUCAGGGACUGGAACCAUCUUUCAAAAGGAACAGUUGAGGCGACAACACUAGACACAUUUGUGUCUAUUGCCUCAAGCCUUCAAACCCCUAGUGCAUAAUUUCUUCACCACCACCAGUAACAGAAACAUUGCAAAUCCCAUCUACAUGCAUAUGAGCCAAAAUGAUCAAUAAAUUGAUCGUGGGCCCUUAAGAUAUAGAAGAAGAAGAAGAAGAAGAGAACAAAUGAACGACUGAUCAGAUUUAGAUAAAUGUUAUGAAUAUAAUAUCCCAGUACACCAACUCUAUGUGGAAUAUAAAAUGACCUAUGACAGCACCAAAAGAAAAUAUCUGUAUGAGAUUCUGCCGUAGUUUGGCAUACCAACAAACUGACAAGGCUGAUACAUGUAACAUUGAACAACUCAAAAAGAAAAAUCAAAGUUCAAGGAGAAUAUUCAAAGGACUUUCAGAUUAGACGAGGCCUUAGACAAGGAGACUCGCUGUCUUGUAUGCUAUUUAACCUAACAUUAGUGAAAGUUAUAAGAAGUAUACAUAUGGACACUCGAGGAACAAAAACAGGACACUCUCUGAGGGAAACCCAAGAUCCACAAACCAAUGCGCACUCUCUACAAUCAAACCCUUCAGAAUCGUGCAUAUGCUGAUGACACAGUACUGCUAGGGAAAAUUAUUAAAGACGUAUUAAAAACUGUUAUUGAAUUAGAAGAUGCAUUAGUACAAGCAGGACUAGAAUGAACAACCAAAAAUAAAAAGAAAAAAGAAAUGACUAUGAUAAGAAAGAAACAGGCAUAAUAAGAAACCACACGUUUGAAAAAGUAAUUUAAUUCAAAUUCCUAGUAUAUUUUUAUAUGAAAAAAAAAAUAAUUACUAGCAGAAACAAAAGAAAGAAUAUCAGCCUGAAACGGCAUACUUCAGAAGUCAGAAAGUACUCAAAAGUAAAAACAUUACAAGAGAAACAAAUAAAACUGUUUAUAAAAAUGUAAUCAGACCAUUUGUAACAUACGCAAGUAAAACUUGGACCCUAACAAAACAAAAAAAAAGCGGCAGAAAAUCUAUUAAACACAUGGGAGAGAAUCGUUCUCAGGAAAAUAUAUGAACCAACAAUGGAUGAAAUGGAUGGAGAAUACGAACCAACCAUGAAUUAUACAGUCUAUAUCAGCAAUGUAUGCACUUUUUUCUCAUGUGUUCUAAUUUUCAAGGUUCAUAUUAUGAUACGUCUUCUUCUUUCAAAUCAUCGUGCAUCAUCAUUAUUUAGUGUUGACCAGCAAAUAUCACCAUCCCUAAACAAGUGAAUAAAUUUUUGGUUCCACAUUUUUAAUCUGAUUUUGUUUUACAAGUUUACAGUAAGAGUAUCCAAUCAUCCAUCCUUUUCAACUUAGUUGAUACCCCAUUGAAGUUAUACCUUGGUUUGGUUCAAUCUAAACAAUUAAAGUAAUAAAAUUCAUAAUUAAAUUUUUCCCCUGAUUUCUUUAUUGAGAAUCCAACACUCAAAUUGAGGUUCCCAUUUAAUUUGCUUUCACAUUCAAAAACUUGCUUGGCUGGACAUUUAACAGUAAGAAAACAAAGCGCACUAGACCAUCUUACUAUCUCCCCCCCCCCCACCUAAACACCAAAGCAUAACUGGACAUUUAACACAAAUAGCAAACUCCACCUUCGACUGUGCAGUUGCAGAUCAACAGGGUGAUAAAUAUCUACAUGAUAAGUAUCCACAUUCAAAUGUCGUAAACACCUGUAUGGACAUAUUCUAACGAUUAAAUAAACCACAUAUUACCGCACACACUGACUCUUGCUGCCUACUUUUACGUAUUCCAAUAAUAAGAAAUUUAACGGCAUGUUCUCUAACCAAAUGAUCCUUCUCUGUGAAAGACAAUAAGAACUUUUCGAUAGAACGUCGAUUGAUUAAACGUCCAUUCAAAACGGGUUUGGCGUUAAAAUUCCAUAUUUUUACUUUUGAAACAAAUAACCGGUUGUUGAUUAUUCUAAAAAGUUAAUGGACUUAAUUCACCCUUACUUAUAAUUAUUAUUUUUGUUAAUGACACAUUUUAAUAUUAUCAUUUAUUUUAAAAAAAACAAAACAACAACAAGCAAAUGCAAUAUAGAAUAGAAGUAUAAAAAGUUAGGCCAAUUGCCUCGCGUUUCAGUUUACUAUAACAAACGCUAGGUCGGCCAGCUGAUGUAUAUAAACAAUGCCAUGGAGACUGAAAUAAAGCUGGUGGGGUGUUAUUAUGAAUGGAAAAAGCGAUUGAGAGACAUGGAAUGGAAUCAUAAAUCAUAGCCGAGUAAUAUGAUAUAUUUUACACUGCUGUGGGAACACUGAACACGUUUGCGUAGGUACAGAUGGCUUUCAUAGCAGUCGUUCAAUAAUAAUGCAGACUUAGGAACUUAGCGCUUCACGACUGCUAGCACUAGUACCAAACUGAGCUAUGAAAAUUAGCGACAAUUCUAACAAUAGACUUCAUCCGCCACCAAUAAUCUAAUAAUAGGUCAACUGACAGUGAUGUGUAGAAAAGCUGAGAGCAUAUACCGCAAAGCAUUAUUGCCGAAUAAAUUAACAUUCCUUUUUAGUGUUAUACUCAUUUUGCUCCGAGGGGGGGCACUUGACUUUCCCGGGGGGGGGGGGGGGGGCCCCCCUGGUGGUGGGGGGGGGGUGUGGGGGGGGGGGGGGGGGGGGGGGAGUGCCCCCCGGAGAGAUGCCUGAAAGAAACCCUGGUUCAGGGGUAAGAUAUUUCAAAUGAUACAUAUUUUUUUUUUAAAUUUAAUUUCAUAUUUACAUUUUUUUUAAAUACUUUCUUCUUUGUAGUUCAGAGAGGGAAAAUAAUUUCAGUGUGCCUUUAUUUUAUUUAGGAAAAAAUUUCAUAAAACACAAUUAUAUUAGAAAAGUAAACAACUAAACAUAUAUUCUUUUUUUUUAAAAUUAACGAACAUGACAUUUAAUGUUACCUAAAUAGACGUAAACUGGGGUAAAAUUUUCGUGUCUUUCAUAUUUUGCUUUUAAGGAUACAAUACGCACAUACGCCACUCAAUUAGAUUUUAUUUUAUGUUGAUACAUCGCAAUAUCAGGUAGAGUAUAGCGCAAUUCGCCUUCGAUUAUAAACUCGGUAACACCGGAAAAUAUUGUUUAUUAUAGUAUAUAUAUAUAUAUAUAUANUAUAUAUAUAUAUAUAUAUAUAUAUAUAUAUAUAUAUAUAUAUAUAUUAAUUUGGUAGCCACAUAUAAUUUAAAAUAGUGUCCAAAAAUUCAACUACCUUGCAUUUUGCGUAAGUCUGCCAUAAACCAUAAACUAUCGUUUAAUUUGGCGGAUUCAGUAAAUGAUUAUAUUUCAUUAUUGUUACAAAUAUGCUGUACACAUUACAUACUCCAAGUUUAUUGGUUUACCCUUUUUCUAAAAGUUUCUUGAUAUGAUAUUGCUUUACACUAUUUUAUAUGCUAAAUAUUCCAAGGUCUUGCUGCGGGAGUUCUUGUUUGCGGACGAUGCCGCUUUGGUAUCUCACACAGCUUACGGCCUCCAGAGCCUCGUAUCCAGCCUAUCCGCUGCCUGCAAAGAGUUUGACCUGACAAUUAGCCUAAAGAAAAGUAACAUUAUGGCACAGGGCGCUGACGCCCUCCCCACUAUCGCUAUCGACAACUACGACUUGGAUACUGUUGACAGAUUCACAUAUCUGGGAUCCAACAUAUCGAGCACCCUCUCAAUGGAGGAUGAGAUAAGUGGAAGGAUAGGGAAGGCCGCAACUAUUAUGGCCAGACUGAAGAAAAGAGUCUGGUCAAACGCCAAACUAACAACAAGAAUUAAGCUGCAGGUGUACCAGGCAUGCGUACUGAGCACACUAGUCUAAGGAUGCGAGUCGUGGACCACAUACUCUAACCACGAAAGAAUGCUCAAUGGCUUCCACCACAGAUGCCUGUGCCACAUCCUUGACAUUAAAUGGCAAGACAAAGUCCCCAACAAGGAUGUCCUGUCCAGAUUAAACAUGUGUAGCGUCUCAGCCAUGUUAAUCCAAAGACGCCACAGCUGGCUUGGACACGUCAAACGAAUGCAACCUGGUCGCAUACCAAAGGACGUGUUAUACAGCGAGCUGGCGACAGGAAAAAGGUCAGUUGGACGGCCUCGUUUGAGAUACUUAGACUUAUGAAAAAGAGACAUGAAGUCGGCCAACAUCGACAUCUCAAACUGGGAGGACCUGGCAGAGGAUCGAUCCUCAUGGCGGGACAUCCUUAAAGGCAGGAUCACUACAUGCCGAGGAUCAAAACAGGGCGGAAACAGCUGGGAAAAGAGCGAGGAGGAAGGCCGGUAAAUACUGCUCCACCGCAUUCGUGUGUGGGAAAUGUAACAGAGACUGCCAUUCGAGGAUUGGUCUCACCAGCCACACCAAGAGCUUCAAGAAAUAAAGAUAAUCUAUCGUCUCCCGCAGACCGAAAGAUGCCAUACAAUACCAUACCAUUAUUUUGGUUGUUUUUCUUGAAAAAAUUAAGUGGGUCUAAAAUAAAAAAAGUAAUAUGAAUUAAUUAAUGUAAUUAAUUUCUAUCAGGCUAUAUGUGACGUAUGUUUACACUAAAUAUUAUAUUUGAUUUUUAUAUGAUAUUAUUAGUUCGUGUAAAUAAAAUUGAAAUAUACUUCUUCCUCAAUAUGGUAUUAUUAAUAAUUAUAAUUUGGAAUACUUCAAAAAGAUCAAUAUAAAGACAUAACACAAAUAGAAUUCUCCUUUAAGAAUGUCCGACCUGUCAAUGGGGUCCCGGUUUUUAGUUUACGAGUAGUGACCACUUUCUUACAUCUAACUCGUGUGAUACAAGAAAUGGGAGUUGCAUGGGAUGAUGCAAACCAGGCUAUCUAUUACCUCUCUGUACACAUUUAUCUGGUCAUUUUGUAAAGAAAAGUACAGAAAAGUGUUUAUAUGUUACAUAAUUUUAAUAAUUAAUGUCAGAAAAGAUUCUUUUAUUGAUACAAAUAAAUGGAUUUUUAUUUUAACAUACAUAUUGAUUUGAAGAAUAGCUAUGCAUAUUCGUACAAAAACAUACAUUUUUUUAACUAAGAAAUGAAACAUGUAAAGUAUUUGUCAAUAGAAAAAAUCUGCAGUCUUAUUUCUUUUUACUUACUCAAAUAGAGAAUAAUUGUCUUUUUAGAGUGAUUAUUUAGAUUUUGUAACACUAAGCACUUGAUACAUUAUGAAAGUUUGGAGAGCAAAUGGUCUUUAAAUUGUUGGUCUUGACUUUCAAAUAAAGAAUUCGAUCUGAGCGUUCUGACCUUAGCAAUCUUUUUGAAAGAGCUUGGGAUGUGCCCCACAAUUUUGUAUUUAUUUCAGUUUUACAACUUCAUAUUGCUUCGAAUAGUUAUUGAAGCGAAGGUCGAUUUCUUUUAGCGAUGUUAUUUGCUUUCUUAACAUAACUUUUUAAUCCGCGUUUGGUGAGAAUCGAUGCAUUCCGACACCAUAAUGUAGCACUUAAGUUCAACUCAUGCACUGUAGAAUACUCAUUCAUGGACAUUGUAAUAUAAUGAGGAUUAUAAUCACGUUUUUUUAAAAUAUGUAUUUAUUUAUCAGCUUGCCCCACCGGUACAUUUGGUUACAAUUGUAAAGACUCAUGUCCAGAUAACUGUUUGUAUAAUGAUUGUAAUGAAGACAACAAAACUUGCACCUUUGGAUGUGUUGAUAGAUAUAGAGGAGAUACCUGUAAAGAAGGUAAAUUCCCAAACUACCUGAUUCUUUAACUUGAUUAAUUUAAAUGAAAUAUUAAUUAAAAUAGAAAAAGCUUGUCACAUUUAUUUUAAGGAUGUAUAUACCAUAAUCUGUAAAAGAAACGUUUUACAUAAAUUAGCAACACUUUGUAACUUUAUAAACACCAUUCACAAUUCCUUAUUAAGUCAGCUGCACUAACAUUUGAACUAUUUACAAAUGUAAAAAAAAAAACGCAUUUAGCCAAUCUACUAUUAUUCCAAAUAGCACUAAUCAAAGAUACAAGUACAGGACAGGAUACUCCAUUAGUUGUCAUAAUAGCACCAGUGAUAGCAGGCGUUGUGCUAGUAUCUGUGAUUAUUGUUGGAUUUGUUUUUAGGCGGUGAGUAACUCUUGAUAUAAACCAAAUGAUAUAAAAAAAAAAUUUUAGAAAGAAAUAAAUGUUGUCUAACUACAUAACAAUUGAUUAUAUUUACUAGUAGUUGUAGAGAGGUAAAAAGAACGUAACGUGAUUAUUUGAGUAGCCCUUAGUGUUCAAUUAAUGGUAAAAUGGUGUCUGACAGAACUGCACAUUACAGUAUACGAUAGUGUCAGUCUUUUCAAGUGCCCUUUAGUAUAUGUGCCAUAGUAAAAGGAAGUUUUAACUUACUGCUCUGUUAUUUACAGAAAAAGAAAGAGGCACCCCACUCCAAAGAAAGGAGACGAUGUACACACACGGCGGCCAAAUCAAUCAAUAACAGUUGAUGUCAUCAACGACAGCAGUGUGACAGAAACAGGUAGUUAGCAUUGCGUGUACUUUUUAGCUUAAGUGGUUUUUAAAUACUAUGUUAUAUUUAAUGCAAUUUUUUGUCAUUUGUCUAAAGUAAAUCCACAAUCAAAUAAAAUUAUUCCAUAUUCCACUUACCACAUUUCGUGACCUAAAUAUUUUGGAUGGGGCUUAGAGAAAAUAGUUGUCUUAUUUUCAACGCUUAUAGCACGUAAUACUUAAGUAAAUGAAAUGCUGGCAUCCGUCCGUCACAAUGUGACGAUGGAGUGGGCUUAGGAGGACGAAAUCCACAUGGCCUGGAUUAUACUUGAAGGAUUAUAAGCUGGUUCCCAACAGCAAAUUGUCUCUCUCCACGCCGCUGGAUAACCCAUUGGAUGAUACAGCUUGGCACCAGUGACGUCGCAGGAGUUGCCGGAAUGUUUCAUUAUAUCAAUGUUAUCCGCCUUUCAGGACUCAACCUCCGGGUUUGACUUCAGAGUUUCCUUCUCUUAGAUGAGUUGCCAUCCAAGGCUAACGAGUCCCAUCCACACUGGGCUCUUGCUGGAAUUGAACUCCAGACCACCAACUUGAGAUAAGCUCAGUUUAGUCCACUUGGCCACCCAGCAUACUAUUUAGCAUUCAUUAUGUAACAUUGCAACUACUUGAGGUGGAUUAUUAUACAAAGAAAUUAGAAGCUGUUGCAGACGAGAAAAGAAAACACUGGUAGUAAUGGUUAAUACAUAUACUUAAUUUCAUGAAUAACAAAUAAUACUUAAUAUCAUAUAAGUUGCUUCAACACUUUCUAGCAAUCCUAGGCUUAAGAGAAUUUUAUUUUUGAAAUGCGUAUCAACUCUUUUUUUUUUUGUCCAAUAAAUGUUGUUAACAGCACAAACUCCAGCUUCUGCUGAUAUUAGCAAAAUCAACACGUUUAUAAGGAUCAUGGAUUUGAACACUUUUUUGAAAACCCAUAACAAGCAGUUCUUUGUCAAACAGUUUGAGGUACGCUUGUUUCACUCACUAAAAUACAUUUAUCAAAGAAUAGACAAAAACACAAAAACACAUACACAAGGACUCAUACAUAUUCAUAUAGACAUACAGAGAAAAGAAAGUAUGAGAGGCGUGUUUAUCAUAAAGCAAAACUUUGUGAUUGAAUGCAUAAAUCGAUCUAUUAAGAGAUAAUGGAUAUCGUUCAAUCCAUGUAUUUUUCCAUGCAUAUAGUAACAUAUAGAAGACAACAAUAGGAAGUAGGAAAUAACCAUUUUUCAGACAAAUAUUUUAUUUAUGUAAAAUGAUAUAUUUUGUUGUAUUUUCUACAAAGAGGGUUUAACAUAAUUGCAGAGUGUUCCUGUACCUCAAAAUGUGACCACUGAAGUUGGACUGAACAAUUUAAACCGAAACAAAAACAGAUACAAAGACAUCGUGCCAUGUAAGAUAUAAAUAUAAUGUUACAGCACACCAUCUAAUGCACGUUGCAUAUGCAUUUAUUUUUCCUUGUUGAGUUUAGUCAAACUUUUUUUUUUUUAAAAUUGUGAGCCCCUUAUUGUUUGGUUUUUAUUUUUUAUUUUUUUAAAUUAUUUUAUUUUUGUGGAGUGGUUCACUAACGUCCUAAUUAAUAUGGAUCCCACUAUAAUAAGGGGACAUCAUUUUAUAACAAAUAACAAAGUUAAAGAAAUGUUUAUUUUUCUUCUUUUCAUCACACAGUACCAAAAAUAAAUUUUUUUUAAAAUUAAAUCCCUCUUCAACAUCAAACUGAUGCUUAAAAAAGUUUGUUAUUCUUUGUUUGUGUGGGAUUUGUUGGUAGUUUUUUUCAAGCAGAACCUAAAACCAUUCUAUAAAUUACAAUUCUUGAUGAUACGCGUCAGCAUGUGAAAUUUGAGCCACUUCAGCAUUUAUGCAAAUAUUUAAUUUUUUUUUUUUAAAGAAGCAUUUCUUUUUAAAAAAUGUGUUUGAAUCCUUACUUGAUUCGACAGAAUUGUCAACUUGAGGGAUUAAAUAUUACAUUGUCCUUCGUAAACUGUCAUUAUUUCAAAUUUAAUUUGCAGUUGAUUCAUUUAGUGUAUUUAUUCUUAAUGGUUAAUUCUUUGGCAUGCGAACUUCUCGCGGGUGUACAAUUUUUGGACGCCUCUGUUGAAACUCGUAAGCCUGUUGAAACUGUUUUGAGGUGGAUUAGCUGUUUCACGGAACCUGGUAAUCCCAAGAAAACGUUAAAUAAUGAAUUCAGUUUUAAAUCUAAGGCGGGGGAAAUAGUGAAAAUAGUUUUAAUUUAAGUACAACUUCAUACGUGUCUCCGUAUUUUCCCGUAGCUACCCUGUCCCCAUAGAUUGUUAACGUUCAAGUUUUAAUUUGGAUAUUUUCUUGCCAUAGAUUUGCAAACAUUCGAUGUAGACGAUUAACAUUUUGUUACGAGCCGGGAUUUAAUUUUAAAGAUUUUAAUCGAUUGAAGUUCCACCGAAUAACUCAUAUUAUCGGAUGUGCCAUUAUGCUCAUUUUAGAGCCAUUUGUGUCAUUUAUUCAAUCAUUCUCCUCAUUGAGAAUAAACAUAAUUUGUCAAAUGUCUUCAGAACUGGCACUAUUUUAUUUUCUAUCGUACUAUCUUUGAUGUUGAUAAACUAUUUUUUUUUUUAAAAUUUCGAAUGUGUAUGUUAAUACGCUAUAUAACUACACAUUAAAACAUAUAUGUUAGUUAGUAGAGGAUUACCCUAAAUUUGUUUGUUUGUCUUGAAAUAAUACGAAAUGUAGUAGUUUUAAAAUCAGUUAUAUAUAUAUAUAUUUUUUUUUAAUUAACUGAAUUUCUUUAGUUAAGUAUUAAAAAGUUUAUAAAAUUAUAUUUUUUAAUAAUUUUCUUUGUUAUUUUGAAGAAAAAAAAUAUGUUUAAUAUUACAUCGUUUUUUCAGAUGACCACUCGCGUGUCCAUCUAGAGAUUAACACAGAUGAUAAUGAAGGAGAUUAUAUCAACGCGUCCUAUGUUGAGGUCAGCUAUAAACCGCUUCUUGAGAUGGUAUAUAUACACCAUAGCAGUAUCUAACAGAUGCCAUCUUUUCUUGUUUAUAUGUGAACUUUUAAUUUUGCACACAAAAACAGCUCACAAUGUUUUCUUUUUACAGGGCUAUACAAAAGCAGAGAAAUUCAUAGCUUCUCAAGGUAUAACCUUUAUAUUAAACAAUUGUUUUUCCUUAAUUGUUUAAUGUUUGUUGUAAUUUAAUAUUUUGAAAUUAUAUCACUGUAUGGGCUGGUUGUAAGAAUGUAAUCAUUUUUUAAACGUUUCUUUCUUUGAAUAUAUUGUAACUUCAAUCAUUAGUUAUUGAAGUUAAAAUUUUACAAGUAUAAUCUUUCUAUCAAGGUCCAAACAUAGCAAUGGUUAACGACUUCAUUCGAAUGUUAUGGGAACAACAAGUUGACAAAGUUGUGAUGCUUACAAACUUGAUAGAGCAUGCGAAGGUAAACAUAUUGUUUUAAUUUAUAUUACUUUGAUAAAAUAAGGAAUUCUUUUUUAUAUGUAUUUCAUUUUAAUAAAAAAACGUAUUGCUAAAAAAAAGACUAAAUUUACAAAUAGUUGAACUAUUUCUCAGGCAAAAUGUGAAAGAUACUGGCCAGACGAAGGUGAGAAGGAGUUUGGUGGUAUCAGAGUCAAGUUGUCAACGACCCAAGUCUGCGCUGAAUACACUAUCAGAAGACUUGAACUCAGAAAGGUAAAGAAUGUCAGAGCCGUCACUUGACUUUUGGUAGGACACCGUCUUAUUUCUGAAUUUAUUAUUUAGCACUUCAAAUCAAUUAAACCAUAUGUUAUUUUUUGCCGUCCAUGCAGUGACAGGGAUUCACAGCUAUGAAACAGCAUUUUUAUCAAAGCACAAUCAAUCGUAUCAACUCAUUGAUGGCAUACCUCUCAAUUGUUAGAUACAAAUCGUAUAAGUAUUAGGAAGUCAGUUUAAAAAUGUUGCGAAGAAACAAAUAAACAGAAAUUCCAUUUGUUGUUGUUGUUUUUUAGUUUCACAAAUUAAGUUACGUUUUAUAAUAUAUAUUUUAUUUAAAUCUUUACAGUUUUAUUCAUGGCUAAAAUUUUUGAGUUAUUCUGUUGUUUUGUUUUUCUUUUGGUCUAUUUGAAUUUUAUAUUAUAUGCUGAUUAUGAAAAUACUUCGCAACAUGUUUGAAGUUAUAAAGAAAUAUGAUCUUCAAGGUAAAACUAAAACAAUUAAAAUACAUUUUGAUAAAUCAAUGAUUAAUCAGGAGACUCGAUAUUAAAAGCUAAAUUACAACAAUAGCAUACAUAGUAAGUAAUGUGUUAAUUGGAUGUUAAAAGUACUAUGCUUGCAAAAUAGAGACUGUCUACCACAUCAAAUACAUUAAUAUUAUUCUAUUUUCAAAAUUAUUUAAUUUCGUUUUGUUUCACACAGAUACAUUUUUAAAAAAUGUUUUUAGUUUUUUGUAAACACACUGAAACAUGAAAAUGUGUAUAAUGGUGCAUUAUAUUAUAUCUAAUCAUAAUAUAUUGUGCUUCUUUUAUAAUUAACAGAGCAAUGAACAGGUACAACAUGCUACGCAGUUCCACUUCACCUCUUGGCCCGAUACAGGAGUUCCUAAAACACCAUGGAGUCUGGUAGAUUUUGAGCAGAGAGUAGCAGCUGAGCCGACUGAGAAACCAAUUGUUGUUCACUGCAGGUGUGUAUCGAAUUCUUAUCCAAAGACCUUUUUUGUUUGGUCAUUAAAAAAUGAACUCACCAAGGAAUGAGAAAAAAAAAGAAUCGAUCAAUACCUUUUAAAUGUAUUAAAAUUUCGAAAAAUAUUUUAUAAUUUUAGAAAAAUGUUAAGAAUCUUAAUAAAAUACCUUACUUGUUAAAAAAAUUCAUAUCUAACUAAAUGAUCAAAUAUAUUUUCUUUGAAUGGAUUUAUUCGUUUUCAUAUUAUAUUUAAUACAUAAUUUGUAUUAAAUAAAUAUAAAAUUAUUGUUUUAGAUUUUAGCGUAUCGAAACUCGAAAUUCGCUAAGAGUAACUUGAAUUUAAAAAAAAAUAAAAUAAUAUAUAAAUAAAAAUAACAUAAAACUACUAGACCAUCUCCGUUAAAAGGUUGCAAAUAUGCUGUGACAGUAUAUAUGACUGAUGAUUAUUGGUGCGUGUAUUGAGAGAAUUUGUGACGUGAUUGCCAUGUGUUGUUAUCGUGUUGUAUGACUGGACGUGGUGAGUUGUUUUCAUGAAUGUUCAAACAUAAUGGUGUGCAUAUUGGUUGGAGAACUGGAGGGAGUAAGGUAUGCAAAGGAAUGAGAAUGAGAAGUUAAAAAAAGUUGUUACAAGGAACACAGACAACAUCAUACUUUACUUGUGUAAAAACAUUAAAAAAGGGACGCUACUGAAUAUCUCAGCAUCCAACUCUUUUCCAAAUGUUUUCUCUCUUGUUUAAAAAAAAGGCAAUUGUAUCCAAGAAGGCGUUUUAUUGGAUCAUUAAAUACUCUAAUAAUGCAUUGGUUACCAAAUUGUUGCCUCCUUUAGCAUUAUUUCCAGACAUACAGAUGUUUGACAUUUUGUUAUUUAAAAUGCUUAGUUAAAUCUCUCGACGUUUCUACUGUAAUAUUAGCAGAGGUUCUUACUGUUAAUAAACUUGUAUUUAAAAUAACAUUAGUAUACAUUAAUUCGGAUAUACGCAAAGCGUUUUUUGUGCUUAGUUUAUUCUCUUCAUUGCAAUAUUAAAUGUUAGGCCUACAUUGUGUAUGGGUUUUCAUUUUCGUCUUGAUUGUUGUAUUCGAUUUAUAUAUAUAUAUAUAUAUAUAUAUAUAUAUAUAUAUAUAUAUAUAUAUAUAUAAAUAUAACAAAUAAUACAUAAAACAUAUACUUUAUUGUAUAAUAAACACAUUAUAUAUAUAUAUAUAUAUAUAUAUAUAUAUAUAUAUAUAUAUAUAUAUAUAUAUAUAUAUAUAUAUAUAUAUAUAUAUAUAUAUAUAUAUAUAUAUAAAUAUAACAAUUACAACAUAAAACAGAUACAUUAUUGUGACGUAAAAACACACUUGUUUUAAUUAAAGAAAUAUUAGCAAUAACUGAAUAAAAAGCUUCAUUCAUGGCAAUUAGCAAAGAUAUUUUUUCGCAAUUUUAAUUUUGUUCCUUUUAGUUUUCUUAUUUUAAUUAUCGUAUAAAAACGAUCAUUAUUAUUUCAGUGCUGGAGUGGGAAGGACAGGUACAUUUAUAGCACUAUGUAAUGUGAUGUCCCAGGCCAAAGACACAGGUGGUAUGGACUUUUUCCAAACACUUGUCAAACUACGCAAUGACAGAAUGCUAAUGAUUCAGACAGAAGUUAGUAUUUAAAUGUUGUAGUUUUUUUUCAGCUUUUUAAAAUUUUUCAUUAUUACAUUCUUUGCUUGUCUGCACUGGCAUAACUAGUAAUUAAAACAGAUUGAUUGUACUCAGCGUCAUGUUGAAUUGAUUUUCUUGCUCUUCUACCUUAUAAUGAAUUGCAAUGGUUUGGUUUUCAAGAAACACAUUUUCCUGUUUCAAUCCACACAGGAACAAUACGAAUUCUUACACAGAGCAGCUCAAGUGGCUUUGCUGUGUCUGGGAACUACUGUUACUGCA